AUGUCAGAGCUACUCAGAUAUAUCGAGAGCCUCGUGCAUUUAAAUCGUCGAUCGAACGACACGAACAUUUCUAAACACCUAAUCGAAUGGCAUAAAUAUUUAUCGUUACAGUAUAAAAUGGGCGAUUACAAAUGGAAAACGUAUACGGAGGUCGACAAGCUUACUACAUCGUUCAGUCGUGGCCUAAGAGAAUACGGUCUCACGUCGCAGAAGAACAUCGUAAUUUUCGCUGAAACCAGAGCGGAAUGGAUGAUCGCGGCUUACGGCUGUUUCAAACAGAAUCUCGUCGUGGUCACGAUUUACGCGACGCUGGGCGACGAGGCGAUCGCCCACGGCAUCAACGAAACGGAAGUCGAUACCGUGAUUACCAGCCACGAUUUGUUACCUAAAUUCAAAAGGCUACUCAGCAAGGUGCAGAACGUGAAAACGAUCGUCUACAUGGAGGAUCAAUUGAAACCGACCGAUACCAAAGGCUACAAGGAAGGCGUUCGAUUCAUCCCGUUCUCGAACGUAGUAAAAGUAGGAUCCACGUCGACGGCACCAUUGGUACCACCGCGAAGCGAAGACACGGCGAUCAUAAUGUACACGUCUGGCUCGACAGGAGUGCCAAAAGGCGUCCUCCUGUCUCACCUGAACAUAAUCACGUCUCUGAAAACCUUCUCCGACGCCGUGGAGAUCAAAUCGGACGAUGUGUUCCUCGGAUUUUUACCCCUGGCUCACGUGUACGAACUACUUUCGGAAAGCGUGUGCCUUUUAAACGGAGUUCCAAUCGGCUACAGUUCGCCACUCACUAUGAUUGAUUCGAGUAGCAAGAUUCAGAUAGGAUCGAAAGGAGACGCCUCCGUUCUUCACCCGACUUGUCUGACCGCAGUGCCCCUUAUUCUCGAUCGAAUUUCCAAAGGCAUCAACGAGAAAGUAAAGAAAUCAGGACGCAUACAGCAGACCAUCUUCCACUUCGCGUAUGAAUACAAGUUGAAGUGGUACAAGCGUGGCUACGACACGCCGUUUUUGAACAAAUACAUUUUCGGAGCCGCGAGGCAAGUUCUCGGCGGAAGAGUCCGUCUCAUAUUGUGCGGUGGUGCACCCCUCACCCCGGAAACGCAUACCCAAGUAAAGAUCUGCCUGUGCGUCUCUGUGAUCCAAGGAUACGGUCUCACGGAAACCACCUCCUGCGCUACCGUCAUGGACAAACACGACAGGAGUACAGGAAGAGUGGGCGCACCGACCACGGCUUGCGACAUAAGUUUAGAAAAUUGGGAAGAGGCUGGUUACAGAGUGACGGACACUCCGUUCCCUAGAGGAGAAAUUUUGAUCGGCGGCGACGUCGUCUCUGCUGGCUACUACAAAUUGCCGGACAAAACGAAAGAAGAUUUCUUCAACGAAGAUGGGAAACGGUGGUUCAGAACUGGGGACAUCGGCGAGUUCCACGCGGACGGUUGCAUAAAAAUUAUAGACCGAAAGAAGGACUUGGUGAAAUUGCAAUUCGGCGAAUACGUGUCAUUGGGCAAAGUCGAGUCGGAACUGAAAACGUGUCCUGUAGUGGAGAACAUUUGCGUAUACGGAGACGCGCAUAGGUGUUACACAGUAGCCCUGGUGGUGCCAAACCAAUAUUAUCUCGAAGAAAUCGCGAGGAACAUGGGAAUAACAGGAAAGAGUUUAGAAGAGCUAUGCAACAUGCAGCAGAUAGAGAGAGCGGUACUGCAGGAACUGAUCGAACAAGCCAAAAAAUCCGAGCUUCAGAAAUUCGAGAUACCCGCUGCAGUGAAGCUGUGCUCGGAGCAAUGGUCACCGGACAUGGGCCUGGUAACAGCCGCAUUUAAGCUCAAAAGGAAAGCAGUGCAAGAGCGUUACCAAUCGGAGAUCAAUAGGAUGUACACCUCGUGAUGAGGAGAUAGAUAGAGAGAAAGAAUAAAGAGAUGCUGUAAGUAAGUGAAAUGACGUCGAUGUUGAAUCUCGACGGCACAAGGGUCGAACGUUUGAUUAAGAAAUUUACUUCGGGCUUCGGAAAUACCUAUUUUUCUCCGUUCUCAUUACCGGAUCGAAGAUGUCGGCCUUUUAGUACUAAAGAGAACUCUAUUAAACGUUAUCGCAUGUAAAAGAUUAAUAUAUGCAUAUACGUGUAAGAACUUUUCAUCGGAAUCAAUUUAGUUUUGUUCGUUCCAAGCGAAAAUCAGUUCUGGCCGAUCGCGGAACUGCCAACGUCGCGUCGUGAUCACUCACAUGUAUCGUGGAGGCGUGCGCCUCUUGUAACAUAAUCGUCGUUGUAUUAUGACGCGUGGUAUGAGUGAGAAAAUAAAUAAAUGGUGCAGGCGACUGUUCGACGAAGGGCAAUUCGUCACUCUUCCUUUACCUUUUAUUCAGUUUCAUCGUAAUCGUGUAAGUACGUUACUCGCUAGGUAUGUAUGACUGUUUCAAAACGAUCGAUCGUCACUAGAGGUGUGCGAGCGAUCAACGAUUUCGAAUCUGGUGAAGAAUUUUUUAAGAGUUCAUUGAGUCACCCAAAAUUCUUCCGGGUUCCCGCACACCCUUCACCGUAUCGUAAUUAACGUAAGCUCAUAUGACUCGUACAAUGUACUUAUGUCGACUGUUCAUUUUAAAAAAAGAACGUUUCGUUUUCUCUGUAAAGUUACCUACUACUACGUUCUCCGCUUGGUUUCGAGUAUCUCGUAUGUACAACGUGGUAUACGAUUUACUAAAAUAUCUUACAAUUACUUUCCUGUAUAAAGUGACUUAAUAUAUGCAUUACGAUUGACUCGAUUGCUUCGUCCCGAUCAGAAUUCUGAUCGUCAUUCGCUUAGAGAAGUAUCCUUCGCCAAAUAGUGUACUAUAUUACUAUAUUCGUCGCUAGUAUCGUUCUUGCCUACGGUUUCACGUUAAAUCGCGUCGGGACAUCAAACAAAAAGAAAAGAAAAAAAAAAUACAUUUAUUUCGUCUAUGUUUCUAACUUCCAACCGUGACGAUGAAUCGAGUGUGUACGAGUGUUCGUUGUCGCCUAUGUUAGCGCGGAUACGUGUGCGUCCGGAAGUAUGCCUGUGUACGUGUGAGUUUAUAAAGAAGAGCAAAAGAAAACAAUGUUCACAAGGAAAAUCGAAA